GUGACGGCCUAACGGGUAACCCAUCUGAAAUCCCCUUCUCUGAAGGCCAAGGGAGAGAGAGAGAAAAAAAAAAAAAAACCGAGAACAAUGGCGAGUGAUGAGGCGGCGGCGGUGGUGGAUGUCAGUGGAGAAGUGGCGGGGCAGCCCCAUAGGUUAGAUAAGAGGUGGACGUUUUGGUUUGAUAAUCAGACCAAACUUAAACAAGGCGCAGCUUGGGGGAAUAAUCUACGCAAGGUCUAUACCUUCGAUACUGUUGAAGAGUUUUGGUGUUUGUAUGAUCAGGUAUUCAAGCCUAGCAAGUUGCCAGGAAAUGCUGAAUUUCAUUUGUUCAAAGAUGGGAUUGAGCCCAAAUGGGAAGAUCCACAGUGUGCUAAUGGGGGCAAGUGGACAGUUACUAGUAGCAGAAAGGCUACCCUCGAGACUAUGUGGUUUGAAACUUUAAUGGCCUUAAUUGGUGAGCAAUUUGAUGAUGCUGAUGAAAUAUGUGGUGUCGUUGCUAGUGUUCGUCAAAAGCAGGAUAAACUUUCAUUAUGGACUAAGAAUGCAGCUAAUGAGGCAGCUCAGAUGGCCAUCGGAAGAAAGUGGAAAGAUAUCAUUGACGUGAACGACAAGAUCACCUACAACUUUCAUGAUGAUUCCAAGACAAGAGCAUCAAAAGGUCGUUACAGCGUGUAAUGUCAUCCUGUUGAAGCUUCGGUUACUUUAGAAGAACUUGCAGGCCCUUUCUUACUACAAACUAAGUCGAAUUGUGUCUACCUUUUACAUGUUGUAUUUGAUGUGAUACAGUAGAUGUUUGUUUAAGCAUCUAACGUUCUCGGGAAUUUUCUUUCCGUCUGCUAUUUUGUUGAUGCAACCAAAAUUUGAAUUUCUUAAAUUUCGCACUUCAUAAUCCGUAUUAAAUUUACAUGUUAUAUAGGC